AUGGUGUCCGAAGUCAGAAAAAAGAAACUGCUCCAUGUCUUCAGCGUCUUCUUUGACUCCGAUAAGAGUGGAGUCGUAGAAAAACAAGACUUUGAACUGGCUGCCCAGAACAUCGCCAAACUCAGAGGGUGGGCCCCUGGAAGCCCCACCUACGACAUCCUGCAAGAAAGCAUGAUCGCCAUCUGGCUGGGAUUGCAGAAACAAGCCGACGCUGAUGGAGACGGAAAAGUUACUCAGGACGAAUGGCUAGCUCUUUGGGACGAGUACGCCAAGGACCCAGCUGCAGCAAAGGACUGGCAAAAUCUUCUGUGCAAAAGCAUCUUCCAGAUCCAAGACUCCAGCAAUGAUGGUUCAGUCGAUGUCAAUGAGUACGUGACCGUGCACGAGUCUUUUGGUCUCAAUAAGGAAGAAAGCACCGAGGCCUUUAAAAAACUGGCUAAAGGUAAAGACUCAAUCUCUUGGGCAGAUUUCCAGGAAUUGUGGAAGGAGUAUUUCAGCAGCGACGACCCGGACGUACCCGGUAACUACAUCUUCGGUAGAUUGACUUGUUAA